GUCGGGACGUCGGGCGUCGAGACGGACGUCGUACUAGGGUGAACGGUUUCGUUACGCCACUGCCGUCGAGCCCUCCGUCGAGUUCGCCGACGGUUUUCGAGUGGUUGGUAAAAUUUUGACAAACUUGGGCAAAUCGACUAGAUUUGAAGUCGUGCGUCAACUAAAUAAUCCUGCUUUGCGUCAUUGAUACGUCAAUUCAACAUAAUGCAGAGACUGAGAAGUGCGGUCGCCUUUUCAACUUCGCUGUCGGAUUUUCAAAAAAGCUGACGUCAAAAGUUCGGUAGUAGUUGGUUUCAUAGUUUCAUGUACGUAAUAUAAUACGGCGUGUGAAAAUGAUAAUGAAAAUUUCGAACAAUCCUCGUCACUUUUCAUCGUUGAUCAUCCUUUUCCUUACUUUUCAAACCGGUGCUGCCAUCGAUUGUUUCAAAUGCGUUUCGAUCGGGGGUAACAAUAAGGCUUGCGACGAUCCCUUCCACAAUAAUGGUACCCUCGGUUUCCUGGAGACGCCAUGUCUUGGAGGUCGCAAGGGACGCGACGGCUUGUUUCCGGCUACAGCCUGCAUCAAAAUUGCUGGAAUUUACGAUGAAUCCGGGGUUUCGUUGACGGUGAGGAGCUGUGCCUUGGACAGCGGGACCCUGACGACGGACUCGGAGAUCAUCAGGAUGUCUCACUGUGGCGGAUUCUACUUCGACGAGAAGUACGUUCGAGGCUGUGUUCAAUCCUGCAGCGACGCCGACGCCUGUAACAGGUCUGGAAAAAAUUCACACUCGGCGGUCCUGAUCCUUGCGAUUUUCGCAGUCCUUGGUCGGCUUUGACCUGCAAUUCCUCGCGAUGCUUGAUCGUUGAAUCGAUGAUCGAGCCGCCGGAUACAUCGCGAGAACAACGAAGCUAAUUUGUCAUAUCUUCGCCGGAACCUAAAGGUGCAAUUUCAAUUCGCCGGAGGAUUUAGUGAUUGAGUAAUUGCAAUUUGGUUACGUGUCCACGAAAUCCAACGAGGCUGAUCCGUGGCCUUCGGUUUAAGACAUUGUAACGAAACUGUCCUGGGCUUGAUUAAUUCACUCAAUCAAAGUUAGAAUUAACCUAAGCGAAGGACACUGCGUAAAGGACGUCGCGUGCAGAGCUUCUCCAUAAGUAAUGAUGCAGCAGCCCCUCUUUAUAUAUUACAGAUAUUAUAUUUUAGGUAUAACUUCUAUCAUGGGUUGUGCCUGAUGAGCAUCAUUCCCAUUACAUACACUGAAUACUGUACCCCUGUAACUUCGUGGCGAAACCUCAUGGGAGAUUAUCUUAUGAGUAUACGUAGACUUGUAUUAUAGAGGAUGUGCUCGAAGGAUGAACGUGUCUUGGUCAUUUUGGUUUUUAUUUUUUUUUCCAUCGUUUAGUCAUUGCGAUGGUUGAUUCUAAUCAAUUUUCUUUUACAAACCGUUGGGGACAAUCCGGAAAAAAGUACGAAACGAAGCACGUUCCACACAAUGAGGCUAUUUUGGACAGAGCUAACAAAGUGAUAGAUUUACGAUCCGCGGUUAAAGGGUGUGUGGACCUUUACGAACAACGCUAUAAUUAAAAUAACAAGAAAACAAGAACUACAGUGGUUUUGCUGAUGUAGAUUUUAAUUGAUGAUUGCUCCGAUAUUUUCUGAAUGUUUCAGUGACAUUGCUAUUAUUGAUGAGACAGUAGAUUUUUACUGUCGAUUUACUCCAGCCAGAAAUGUAGGGGAAUUGCUACGGCAAAACUGUUUUUUGCCAGGAUAUUUCAUGUUAACGUAAAGCAUAUAUACGCGUAAAAAUGAUAGGCAUCAUGAUCGGAAAAUUCGGACUUAGUCUAAUGAUUUAAAAAUUUAAUACUGAUGUAAUUUGACAAUUAUAUAUUGUAGAAUUGAAAGACCAUAAGAAAGAAUUAGUUUGAAGAAUAAAUUUCAGUUUUUCUUAAGGGUCUUAUUAUGAGAAAAGAGGGCAAAACUAUCCGUACUGCCUUAUAAAUAAUAUUAUAAAAUCAUCAUGAUCUAUUAUACUUAAAUUAUAUACAUUCAUUAUAAUACGCACGUGCAAUCUAUAUUUAUAUUAAUUGCCAUGCGCAUUCAGCUUGACUCUGGAAAUAAAAUCAUUCGGGUAGAGUUUCUCUCUUGAUUUUAUUGCCGAUGCAAUUACGCAAUCCCCUGAACUUGGAUGCAAUUGAAGUUCCGUGUAAUUCUAAAAUUUUGCAAACGGCUGAUUUCAUAGUCAUGAUGAAAAGUGUAGAAGACUGUCAUUUCCUGGGUUAAUAAAUGUGAAAGAGGCGUUUUUAAUGUU